AUGGAGUAUUCUCUCCUCCUCCACCACCGGUCCUCGCUAUUAUGGCCAAAAGGGGUUCAAAACCUUGUGGUGGGCGCCGGAUUGAUGUUGAGUGGACGGGUUGUGUGGGAUGGGAUGGCCGGGAUCGGUUGUUAUUCAGCGGUGGGGUUGGUGGUGGUCGAAGGAAACGGAUGGCGGGGUGGGAUUGAGAAAAAAUACUUCACCGUCCGCUGCGCAACCGUGUCUGGGUCGCACAGUGGCAAGGUGCGGGUGUCUGAAAUUCGGCCGGGUCAAACGAGGUCGUACAAAGAGCUAUUCCCAGACGGACUAGGUGGUGAAGGGAACACAUAA